UGAUACAACUCCAGGUGCACUGAUGAUCAGCUGCACGUCCAUAGGUGCCAUAACGCUACAUGUACUGUACAUGUACAUGUACGUUAGGGUGGUACUAGCCGACUCUGCAUACCAAUUGCAAAAGUACAUGUACAUGUACUUCAUCAGGCAGCAUGGAUGACAGAUUGAUUAAUGAUGAAGAGGACCUCGCAUGCAGUUCUCCAGAGGAGACAGAAAAGUCGAAGGAAGAGGAGAGUCUUAGUCAUCACGGCAACCACAAUCAACCUAGCACAAGUUACUCAUCGGAGACGGGGAGGCAUUCCCCGGUGACCAGUGCCCAAGAACUCAUCAUUCAGGAAUCUCCUCAAUCUGACAAGAGGCCGGCCAGGACUUUGAGUUGGGCAAAGCAGGGUCGAUGCAAAGCAUGGCCCCGCAGGACCCAGUUCAAACUCUCCGAAAAGAGGACGCUUUCCGGCUCGUCAGAGAACCUGCCCAAUGAGGACCGACCGAGGAAGAGCUUCUGCCGGGGCUUACUCAAGCGUUGGUUUUUUCCCUCGGACAAGAGUGAUCGAGACAGAUCCCGCUCGACCAGCUACGAGGAAGACCAGAAAGCGUUCACAAAUGUGAUCAGUCAGGUCGGCAACCAGGGAACCGUCGGACCUCAGGUUACUGACAGGCGCACCUCUGAUUUGCAACAGGAAACCUUAACGGGUGGAGUUGGUUCAGGGCUUUCAAGAUCGUGCAUGGAUAUGCUGACUGAAAUCAAGUGCACACUUAAUGAGGGCCCCUCCCAUGGAGACGGCCUCCUGCCUUGCAAAUCGGCGAAAGCCAUUUCAUCAGAAAGUGGACAAGCUGAGAGAACAUGGGUUCCUGACUUAGGACACUGCGAAGCACGGCAAGAAGACACCCGAGUUGACAGUCUUGAUGACUUCCCUGUGCCGGCUCUUCACUUGAACCAGCUGCCCCCACAACUCCUUGCCCAUGUCUUCUCAUUCCUGACUGUCCGCGAGCUCCUGUGCACGGCCGCUCUGGUCUGCAAGCACUGGGAGUGCGUGACCCAUUUCUGGACCCUGUGGCACCAGAUGAGGUUCCGUGAGCACACCAAUGUGACUGACCAGGACCUGAUCAAAUUGUGCAGCCGCCAUUGUGGUGUGGGUUUUCUUGAUCUGUCCGACUGCCUUCGGAUCACAGACGAUGGAUUGGAGAAGGCAUUUGUACAUUGCAAUAUGCUGCGUGACGUAUUCCUAAUCAGGUGCUCUCAACUGACCGACAGGGCUUUUCUCUCCUUAGCCAACCACUGUUCCAACCUGACCUGCAUUGAUCUAUCUGGCUGCAGCGGUCUCACUGACCAGGCACUCCAAUCAAUUGCCAAAGGGUGUCCUUGGUUACGGAAGGUGCGCUUGAAGCAGUGUCCCCUCAUCUCUGAUGCAUCUCUGCAGGUUGUGGCGCGUAGCUGUCCCCGGCUGAAAGUACUAACACUCAUGGACAAUGACAAGAUUACAGAUACAGCCCUUGAAGCCUUAGCCACGUAUUCCCAUAAUCUCGAGAUCCUUUGCCUCCAGAAUUGCGGUAUCGGGCCCCCUGGCCUGGCACAAGUAGCCAAGAUGCACCUCCUCAAGAAGCUGGACCUGAGCAACCUACCCACCCUCACCGCUGACUCCGUGCAGGGCGUGGCCCGGCACUGCCCUCUGCUGGACACGUUGAACCUCAGCCUGUCCAGGGACGUCCGGGACGACUGCGUGCUGUCGGUGGCCCGGCUCUGCAAGAGGCUCACCACCCUGUUCCUCAUCUCCUGUGCAAUCACGGACCAUGCAUUGCACGGCAUUGGUGACAACAGCAGCCUGCUGGAGCACCUGGAUGUCAGCUGGUGCAGCCACAUCACUGACCGCGGUGCCGCUUACGUCUCAGACCGCUGCCCGCGCCUGAAGUACCUGGGCCUGAUCCGCUGCACCAAAGUCAGCGACGCGGCCGUGGAGCGGAUGGUGGAAGACCAUCCGGCGGUCCACUACAGCACCUUCCUGCUGGACAGCCAGCGGCUUAUCGACAAAGCUAAGGAACAGGGAUUUGUCACGUCGGAGUGAGGAAAACAAGUGAGCCGGAGGAGGAGACUACCGAUGAUGCCGACCCUAAACUUGAGACCUCCAAUUUCAACGAGAUUCAAUGUGCUUUUACCCCGAGGGUAAAGAGAUACAAACAUGCUGCAAAUUCACAGAGAUCAGCUCCACAACAGUUCUUCCUAUCCUGUCGCCUGAUGCCAAGUUCUGAGCUGUAUGGUACUCACAGACAUGGAAAGCCCUCUCUCUAGUGCUUGUGUCCAAUUUCAGUGAGGGUGACCCUGAAUUACUCGCUAUUUAUUGAGGGACAGAAACUGUCUUCGUGCGUUUGUUGGUCUCAGACUGUGCUUAUUAGCCACUGAAACAGUGUUGUAAUAUAUUUAUUUCUUACCUCUCCAAUUAUGCACAGGGCAUGUACGUGUACACAUAGUGAGAUCAAAAUGGAAUUAUAAUAGUGUCAUAGUUGUAUUAGAACAAAUUGUACUGAUGUUUGUUAUGCAGAGGUUUAGCGAAGGGGUUGUACGUAGAGGUGUGAUUUACUUUUUCAAUGCCUUCAGCAUAGUACCUGUACAUACCUUGGUGCCAUGUGUUACCCGCAGGUAUACAAAAUGGCAUGGAACCACGUCCCAGUGGAACAAAAUUGUUAGUGUGGUGUGAUCCAUGGGUUUUUGUACCCUCUUGGUAAUGAUUUGCCAAUCUUACUACAUGUGCAUGUGUGUGUUUUGUGUGGUUUUUUUUUUCCACCCUGCGCACAUACAAUACGGCUGUUUCACA